UUUGAAGAGGAAGAUGUGCAAAAUCCUGUGAGACCUCCUCAAAUCUCACAACAAUUUGUAUCAAGAGAAAAAUGUGCAAAAUCCCUCCUCUUAGACCUCUGACUUUCUCACAGCAUUUCUCGAUUUUGAAUGUUAUGUGAUUUUGCAUCCAUGGGUGUUGGUAAUGGUUGAUUGGCGGGUGGUGGUGUGUGCAUGUGUAUACCAUUGGAGGGGAGGGACACCAUGGGGUCUGAGGCUGACGGUGGGAGAUGGAUGCUGUGCAGGGAUGGUUUUUAUCUACCACAAAGCUUUCCCAAUGCCUGCACUGGCAUUUAAAUUCAAUAGCACAGACCCGCUGUCAGGUGAUGAAGUGGAUGACUCUGCACAAUUCAUCUCAUCUGUGUGUUGGCGCGGUCAAUCAUCUACCUUAGUUGCUGCGAAUUCGUUGGGAAAUAUCAAGAUUUUGGAGAUGGUUUAA